ACUUUGGUCGUUCUAUCGUUAGCCUUACUAACUUAAGCCAGCUGGCAUGCUCCUCAGAAGAUGCCCAGUACAAGCUCUACAACAUCAAUGAAGAUACUUCAGCUGAGCUCUGGCACAGCACACCAGUUAAAAAGAUAAAUGGUGGUGAUUCUCUGGAUGCCAUCCCACUCUCUGUCUCUAGCAGCUUCAAGAUGGACAGCACAGCAAAACAGUGGGCCACACUAACACCUCCUAUACCAGCAGCAGAGUUUCCUGUGAAUGACCCGAGUGGCUGCACCAUCCAGAGGCAGAGGAGGGAGCUCCAGCUGCUGAUGGCGGAGCUGAAGGACAGGGAAGGGGAGCUGAACACUAUGGCUGCCUCCCAUCAGAAGCAUCUUCUUGCCUGGGAACAAGACCGGCAGAGGGUGCUCGCCUUGGAGCAAAGGUGUGCCCGUUUCGAAGAUGUGUUGCAGAAGCGUAACGAGGUGAUCAGAGUCCUGACUAAGCGUGUGUGGGUGGUGGAAACCAGAGAGGAGGAGGUCCAGAAGGAGCUCAGCUUAGCCAAACAGAAUCUCUGUGAGCAGCAGAACAUCAGCCAAAAAUAUCAAGACUUUGAGGAGAAGAACCAGAGUCUGAACUCCACUGUCAUGGCUCUGUCCACUAAAGUAGGCUCUCUGCAGGUCAGGGAGGAAGAACUGAGCUCCAUGCUCAAACUCAAGGAGAAAGAUGUAGUUGAGGCCUCUGGUCAUGUGGUGGACCUCACAGCGAGGCGAAGAGAUCUGGAGACGUCGCUAACGGAGAGUUGCUCCCGAGAGAGCAAACUCCAGAGAGACUCAGAGGAAAACAAACGUCGCUGCAAAGAGGCCAGGCAUGAGAUCACACACCUUAAAGAGGAUCUGCAGCAGCAGGUCACACAGAGCAGCACUCAGAGGGAAGAGGUCAUCCGUCUGAAGCAGGAGCUCCAGCUGCUGCACAGAGAUGUGGCCUUGUCAGGUGAGGGAGACAGAUGGAGAGACGAGCUGCUGGAACUGGCUCGCUCCAAACAGGAACGCACCAUGUCAGAGCUGCACUGCAUACGGCAGGUGUGCGAUAAUCAGCGUAAUGACCUGCAGCUGCUGCAGUUAAACCUGGAGAGUACCCGGGAUAUUCUGCGGGAGAAGACCAGUCAGGGAAUACCGGGCAGUCAGGAGGAGUUGAGGUGUCUCUGUGUGGACAGACGGUCCCCUCCAUCACUCAGAGUGAAGAACUCCAGACUUUUAAAUGAUGCCCCCUCUCCACCAGCAGCCAAUCUGCACACCAGGGGUCACAGUGACCUGCAAGACUUAUCUGCACACUCCAUUGAUGGUGAUGAUCCUCUGUCCAGCUGUUCUCUGCAGCAGAUGUUGAACGAGUCCAAGCAGGUCACUUGCUCUGUUCACAGUAACAGUGUUCACACUAUGAGCUGUGCGACCACUGAACCCCUUUACUCACAUAAGAGCCCGGUAUCCCACAAUGACCACCAUCACCACAACCACACAGUCUCCCCGACCUACAAGGCCACUGAGACUCCACCCAAAGCCUGCCCUCGUCACCACCGGUCGUUUGGAAGGCUUGAUUUUGACUGAAGCACUUGUAUUUUUAUUAAAAACUCUAGUAUUUACCAAAUCUUUUAAAAUCAGUAUUACUACAGAACAUAUAUGCUAACAGUUAAAGGUUGAACUCUCUCUCUCAGGAAAAUAAUGAAGGAAUAAAAGCGAUUUAUGUCAUGAAUUUUUUUGUAACUUUUGAAAGCAUUAAUCUCAUUGUAUUUGUUUAACCUUACACAUCAUUUAGGGGAUACAUUAAUCAUACAUUGUGUAUGUUUUAAAGCCCUGUUUCAGAUUUGUACAGGCUGGCUGCAUUGUGUGAAGUGUGUGAAAUCACAUGGGGAAACCUGUCCUUCAGGGCUGUUGAGUGUGUGUCCCUGUAUUGUCUUUCCAGUUUCACUGCCUACACAUUUG